CCUGCUCGAGAUGUCGGCACAACAGUACUGUAGUCUUUGAAACAAUAAAAAAGUAGAUAUUUCCACUAUGGAUAAAAUAGAUGUUUCGUUUGUUAGAAAAUCCUUCCAACAUUUUACAUGGCUAGACUAUUCCGUAUUUGUUGUAAUGUUAACAAUUUGUGGAGGUAUUGGCAUUUAUUUCGGUUUUGUAAACAAACAGAAAUCUACUCAAGAUUACUUAAUGGGUGGAAGAAAUAUGAAAUUACUUCCAGUUUGUUUUUCACUGGUUGCAAGUUUUAUUUCAGGCAUAUCUCUUCUGGGCACUCCAACAGAACUUUAUGUGUAUGGAACUUCAUAUUUGUUCUUUUUAAUGGGUGCCUUGAUGAUGUCCGUAAUAAUCUCGUACACAUUCCUGCCGGUGCUGCAUGAUUUGCAAAUUACAUCAGCUUAUGAGUACUUGGAGCUUCGAUACGAUAAAAGAUUAAGAAUGUUUGGAUCGGUUAUAUUUAGUUUAUAUUUGGUGGUUUGGCUUCCAAUCGUCAUUUAUGUCCCAGCGCUAGCUUUCAACCAAGUCACGGGAGUGAAUAUUCAUAUUGUGACUCCAAUAGUAUGCUUCGUUUGUAUAUUUUACACUUCUUUGGGAGGUCUUAAAGCAGUUGUUUGGACAGACGUGAUACAAACAUUCGUGAUGAUCUGUGCGAUGAUCCUAGUAAUUAUUCAGGGUUCAAUUACUGUUGGUGGAUUCGACGAAGUUUUCAAAAGAAACUGGGAUACUGGCCGUAUAGAAUUACCAUCUGCAAGCUUGGACUUAACGGAGAGACACUCAUUGUGGUCAUUAUCAAUUGGAUCCACUUUCUAUUGGAUUGGCAACAUCGCUGUUAAUCAAUCAAUGAUGCAAAGAUUUCUAUCUUUACCAGAUUUGAAAUCUUCUAAAAGAGCUGUUUGGGGAUUUUUGUGUGGAGUGAUAUUUAUCGUUUUUAUAUGCGCAUAUAGUGGUCUGGUAGCUUUUGCGCGGUACUAUGAUUGUGAUCCACUGAACUCAAAAUUAGCAUUGGCGAAAGACCAAAUUUUACCAUUACUUGUGAUGGAUGUGUUGACGGAAUGGAAAGGGAUGCCUGGAUUGUUUGUAGCUGGAGUAUUCAGCGCCGCUCUAAGUUCCUUAUCAACUGGACUAAACUCAAUGGCUGCUGUAGUGCUUGAAGACUUUUGGAAACCAUUCUUCAGGAAGCUAACACAACGAGAAACUCAAUUACUUAUAAGAUCGGUUGUAGUAAUACUAGGUGUUAUAUGCCUCGGUCUAGUAUUUGUUGUGGAAAGAUUGGGUUCUGUACUCCAACUGACAAUGAGUUUGUCUUCAGCGUCGAUGGGACCACUUACUGGAAUAUUUCUCAUGGGCAUAUUUUUACCUAUUGUUGGUUCUACACCGGCACUGAGCGGUGGAAUUAUAGGCUUAUUUUGUGCUUGGUGGUUGGCAGCACAAUCGCAACUAGCUCAAGCUGAAGGAUUACUCAAAUUUAAUGAAAAACCAAGAUUUACACAUAAUUGUACUUAUUUUUUUGAGUCGAUAUCAUACAGUACGGAAUAUACUACGAACGAAGUGCCGUACUUAUACCGCAUCUCUUACUUCUGGUUCACGGCAUUUGGAUGCAUAAUAACUGUAUCCAUAGCAUGUAUAAUAACAUUUAUAGUUAAUAAUCAUGAAGUACACUACGAUGAGAGACUGUAUGCACCUGUUGUGAGACACUGGCUAGUAAGAAAACGAAGGGUGAACGAGGUCUAUUUAAAUAAUAUGCCUGAUUAAUAUAAAUAAAUAUUAAAAACAAAUAUUACGUAAUAUUUACUUAUUGUUUGUAAUAUAAUUAGGUAGAAGCGAUUAAAUUAAAUAAUUUAAAUGUAUCUUUUUUAUACUCUAUUCAAAAAUCG